AUGGCUUUAGCAAAAUCUAAAUUACUUACUCCUGGUACUGCUAUAUUAAUUGGAGGUGUGUGCUAUGGUUCAUGGGCCAUCUGGAUGGCUAGAAACUAUUUUCACAGGUCUUCGAUAAGAAAGGUUUAUGUUGAAUCUGACAAAGAAUACGAAAGAGUUCACCCAAUGCAAAAGAUACAGUAUGAAGGUAACUACAAAUCUCAAUGA